AUGCAAGCGGUAGCCAGGGAGCUGGUUGAGCGCGGCCACGAAGUCGUCUGGACGACAAUAGCCCCUCAAGAGCAGCGCGUGCUUGCAUCAGGGGCAACGUUCUUCGCUGCGGAGGAAGUAAUCAAAGUAGACGCCAACCUGGAGGGCGCCAAUCCGAAAAACAUGGCCGAGACGGCAGAGGUCAUGUUCCGAGGGCGCGUCACGGCACAAGUCGCUGAUCUCCGCCGUGUCCUCAAGACCUUCAAGCCAGACCUCGUCCUCAACGACGCUCUGCCCCAGGGCGUAGCGGCGCUCUACGAGCUGGGCGAGAUUCCUCACUACGCGACCUUGGGAGUUGUCCCGUUGUAUUUGCCAGAUAUAGGGCCCGAGCCCGUUGAGCAUGCUGCGCAAUCUGCGUUGGGACUCCUCAUCAGCCAGCCGCAAUUGGUGUUGCCUACGAUCAAUCCGGAGAGGGAGAAACUCGGACUGCCUGCCCUCAAAGUCACAGACACGUAUUCAUACAGCCCGUUUCUGCACAUCCAAGCUUCGUGUCCAUCGCUGGAAUUUCAGGAGGGCCCCGAUCCUAUUCUUCCUCGAGCCCAGUACGUUGGGCCCCUGGUUACCCGUCUUGCAGGUGCGAGUAUUGGCGUGCCGACAUGGUGGCAAGACGUUGUCGAAGCCAAGUCCAUCAUUGGAAUCACACAAGGCACAUUUGCCAUGGACCCGACCUCACUCAUCAUUCCCGCCAUCAAAGCACUUCAGGGCGACAAGAACCACUUGCUGGUUGUGCCAUCCAAACUUGCCGAGCAGAUUCGCGACAAGGUCAAGGUGGAAGAUAACGUCCGCAUCGCGGAAUGGGUCCCCUAUGAUCUCUUGCUACCACGCUGUCGCCUCCUCGUAACGAAUGGCGGCUACGGCAGCGUGACGCAAGCCCUCUCGCACAGCGUUCCUCUCGUUUGCGCAGGCACGUCGGAAGACAAGAAGGACACGGCUGCGCGGGUGACAUGGGUGGGUGCGGGGAUUGAUCUCAAGACCGACACGCCCUCGGUAGAUCAGGUGCGCGACGCGGUUCACAGGGUGCUCACUGAGACGAGGUACAAAGAAAAUGCAACUAGAAUUGGAAAUGAGCUCAACGCACAGGGUGGUGCCAAGAGAGCGUGUGAUUUGUUGGAACAGGCGGUGAUAGAGUUCAGUCCGUAG